UACUAACAUGCACCGCAAUCCUCACCCUGGCAUGCGCCCAGAUGGUCGACCCACGGCUCUCAUGCUCGUUAUGGAACUCUUCCUUACACGUUCCUCCAACGACCAGGAGGGAUGCCUCGAGAUAGAGGUCCGCCGAAGCGACGACGAGGCUGAUAUGCGCGCGCAUACACGCCGUGAUUCCGAUGCCCCAGCCCCUGUCAUUCACGAUGAUCUGCUGCGACUGCGUAAAGCUUGCGCUGGCGCUGAACGGACCGACGCUGAAAUCCACACCAAUGCCGAAGCCUAGAUCCAGCUUGAUUUCAGGUUUGCCGGCCGUGCCGAGCGCAACGUCGAAAGCGCCUUUGCCAAGGGCGACGAUGGGGCCAAAGCCUGUGGGUAUCUUGAUCGUGGCCCCCGCGUGCAGCGUGAGCAGGAAGCCAGACAGCGAGGUCCGCGAACUGAGGCUGAAGUCAAACGCUUCGACCACUUUCUCGACUGGCGGUCUUGACGCUUCGGGAAUCUUCUUUAUGCGGCAGAAACUUCAGACUCUCUAAGAAGCUGAUGACUUUCUGGACUUGCGCGAGCGCAGGACCGAAUUUG